AAUGUGAUCAUCAUUGAUCGUCUUAGCACAAAACUAGGGAUUUCAUUUUUGCUGGAUAUUCGGUUCAAAUCAAUGGCUGCUCUGCUGCUCGAUCUCUGUUUUUGCAAUUGAUUUAUUUCAAUUCGUUGCAAUAAGCAAUUUGUGAUUGUUUGAGAGUUUAAUUUUUGGAAUUAAUAAAGUUCUACUGACUUAAAUGUUGUUAUUGAAGUUCAAUUAAUGAAGCAAAUGAAGAAGGUAUAAAUUUGUAUUGAUUUUUAUUGACUUGUUGUUACAUUGAAGUGAUUCUGACAGCCGCUGCUUUGCUUCCUGAUCUGAUCCAAGCUUCACUGUUGAAAAAUGGCGGCCUCUGUCAGUGUAGGGGUCGGAUCACUUGUCUGGGUGGAGGAUCCAGUUGAGGCUUGGAUAGAUGGGAAAGUUGUUGAGGCAACUGGUGCAGACAUUAAGGUUGUUUCUACUUCAGGGAAAACGGUUGUUGCCAAGGCAUCAAAUGUAUAUCCGAAAGAUGCUGAAGCACCACCAUGUGGAGUGGAUGAUAUGACGAAAUUGGCUUAUUUGCAUGAACCAGGAGUUUUAAGUAACUUACGAUCGAGAUAUGAUAUUAAUGAGAUAUAUACUUAUACAGGGAGCAUAUUGAUAGCUGUAAACCCUUUCACAAGAUUACCACAUUUGUACGAUAGCCAUAUGAUGGCACAGUAUAAAGGGGCAGGAUUUGGGGAAUUGAGUCCCCAUCCUUUUGCUGUUGCAGAUGCUGCAUACAGAGUUAUGAUGAACGAAGGUAUAAGUCAGUCUAUACUUGUUAGUGGAGAGAGUGGAGCUGGUAAGACUGAAAGUACAAAACAGCUGAUGCGAUAUCUUGCUUACAUGGGAGGUAGAGCUGCUUCAGAGGGAAGAAGUGUCGAACAGAAGGUCCUGGAGUCCAAUCCUGUCUUAGAAGCUUUUGGUAAUGCGAAAACUGUGAGAAACAAUAACUCAAGUCGUUUUGGCAAGUUUGUGGAGAUUCAGUUUGAUCAGAAGGGAAGGAUUUCAGGGGCUGCUAUUAGAACGUACUUACUGGAAAGAUCUCGUGUUUGUCAACUAUCACAUCCCGAAAGGAAUUAUCAUUGCUUCUACAUGCUUUGUGCUGCACCACCAGAGGAUCGUCAAAGAUUCAAAUUGGGAGAUCCAAGGACAUUCCAUUAUUUGAAUCAAUCAAACUGCUACCAGAUUGAUGGUUUAGACGAAGCAAAAGAAUAUAUUGCUACAAGAAAUGCAAUGGAUGUUGUAGGAAUUAAUUCCGAGGAGCAGGAUGCAAUUUUUAGAGUUGUGGCUGCAAUUCUUCAUCUGGGGAACAUAGAAUUUGCAAAAGGAAAGGAAAUAGAUUCAUCUGUUCCCAAAGAUGAAAAAUCUUUGUUCCACCUAAGGACUGCUGCCGAGUUGUUCAUGUGUGAUGUGAAAGCUCUAGAGGAUUGUCUAUGCAAACGUGUAAUUGUAACACGUGAUGAGACCAUCACCAAAUGGUUGGAUCCAGAAUCUGCUGCUGUCAGCAGAGAUGCUUUAGCAAAAAUCGCAUACUCGAGGUUAUUUGACUGGCUCGUAGAUAAGAUCAAUAGUUCAAUUGGUCAGGACUCACGCUCAAAAUACAUAAUUGGAGUACUAGACAUAUACGGAUUUGAGAGUUUCAAGACAAACAGCUUUGAGCAGUUCUGCAUCAACUUGACGAAUGAAAAACUCCAGCAGCAUUUCAAUCAGCAUGUCUUUAAAAUGGAGCAAGAAGAAUAUACAAAAGAAGAAAUUAAUUGGAGCUACAUCGAAUUUAUUGAUAAUCAAGAUAUCCUGGAUCUCAUUGAGAAGAAACCGGGUGGCAUUAUAGCUCUCCUAGACGAGGCUUGUAUGUUUCCUAGGUCAACACAUGAAACAUUCUCGCAAAAGCUGUACCAAACUUUUAAGAACCACAAGCGGUUUGCUAAACCAAAAUUGGCGCGUUCCGACUUCACGAUUUGUCAUUAUGCUGGUGAUGUCACAUAUCAAACUGAGCUGUUCUUGGACAAAAACAAAGAUUAUGUCAUUGCUGAACAUCAGGCUCUAUUAAGCGCUUCCAAAUGUUUCUUUGUCUCAAAUUUGUUCCCAACUUCUUCUGAGGAGUCCUCUAAGUCAUCAAAGUUCUCCUCAAUUGGCACACGAUUUAAGCAACAGCUGCAACAAUUGCUUGAAACAUUGAGCUCAACUGAGCCUCAUUAUAUUCGUUGUGUAAAGCCCAACAAUCUUCUCAAGCCUGCUAUUUUUGAAAAUCAUAAUGUUCUACAGCAACUCCGAUGUGGGGGAGUCUUGGAGGCAAUCAGGAUUAGUUGUGCUGGGUAUCCCACUAGAAAAGCAUUUGAUGAUUUUGUGGAUCGGUUUGGCAUCCUGGCUCCUGAAGUUUUGGAUGGCAGCACGGAUGAAAUUGCUGCUUGCAAGAGGCUUCUGGAGAAAAUUGGACUUGAGGGUUAUCAGAUUGGUAAGACAAAGGUGUUUCUAAGGGCUGGUCAGAUGGCUGAGCUGGAUGCUCGGCGGACUGAGGUCUUAGGAAGGUCAGCUAGUAUUAUUCAAAGGAAAGUCCGUUCUUAUAUGGCCCAAAAAAGUUAUAUGUUGUUGCGCCGGUCUGUUUUGCAAAUUCAAUCUGUCUGCCGAGGACAACUUGCUCGACAAGUUUUUGAGAGCAUGCGCAUAGAAGCGUCUUGUCUGCGGAUUCAGAGGGAGCUGCGGAUGUAUCUUGCUAGGAAGGCUUACAGGGAAGUAUGCUUCUCCGCUGUUGCUAUCCAAACAGGUUUACGGGGAAUGGCUGCACGUAAUGAGCUUCGGGUUAGAAGGCAGACAAAAGCAGCAAUCAUCAUUCAGAGACAUUGUCGCAAGUUCUUAUCCCACUUGCAGUUUGCAAAGUUAAAGAAAGCUGCAAUUGUUACGCAAUGUGCAUGGAGGGGAAAAGUCGCUCGUAGUGAACUUCGGAAGCUUAAGAUGGCUGCAAGAGAAACCGGUGCUUUGCAAGCGGCAAAAAAUAAACUAGAGAAGCAAGUGGAAGAACUGACUUGGCGACUGCAGCUUGAGAAGCGCAUAAGGGCUGACUUGGAAGAAGCCAAAACACAAGAAAAUGGAAAACUACAAUCUGCUUUGCAAGAGAUGGAAGUUCAAUUUAAAGAGACUAAAGAACUGCUUAUGAAGGAACGUGACACUGCCAAAAAGGAAAUUGAAAAAAUCCCACUCAUUCAGGAGGUCCCAGUUGUUGACCAUGAACUCAUGGAUAAGCUUACUGCUGAAAAUCAGAAACUCAAAGCUUUAAUUGGCUCUUUAGAGAAGAAAAUAGGUGAUACCAAGAAAAAAUAUGAAGAGAGUAACAAACUCAGUGAGGAGAGGUUGAAGCAAGCUUUAGAGGCAGAGACAAAGAUUAUUCAGUUAAAGACUGCUAUGCAGAGUCUUCAAGAAAAGGUUUCUGACAUGGCAUCUGAGAACCAGAUUCUUCGACAGCAAGUGUUUUCUUCACCUGGUAAACGUGCGCCGGAAGAUCCACAUACUCCAGACACUAAUCCAAAUGUGCAAAAUGGUCUUCAUGGAAAUGAGGAGCCCCAAACACCUGCUAGGAAUUUGGUGGCUGAAUCUGAUGGCAAGCCUAAGAGACCACCAAUUGAUCGUCAACAUGAGAAUGUAGAUGCCCUCAUUGAAUGUGUUAUGAAAGACACUGGAUUCAGUCAAGGCAAACCUGUUGCAGCAUUUACCAUAUACAAAUGCCUUCUCCAUUGGAAAUCUUUUGAAGCUGAAAGAACUAGUGUGUUUGAUAGGCUUAUUCAGAUGAUUGGUUCAGCAAUCGAGAAUCAAGAUAAUAAUGAGCAUAUGGCAUAUUGGUUAUCAAAUACGUCUACUUUGUUGUUCUUAAUCCAAAGAAGUCUAAAACCUGAUGGUGCAAGUUCAGUUCGGAAACCACCACCUCCAACCUCGAUAUUUGGAAGAAUGACAAUGGGAUUUCGCUCAUCCUCGUCUUCUGUCAGCCUUGCUGCGGCUGCAGCUGCACUUGAGGUUGUUCGGCAGGUUGAAGCCAAAUACCCAGCUUUGCUUUUCAAGCAGCAACUAACAGCAUACGUGGAGAAAAUGUAUGGCAUUAUUCGUGACAGCUUGAAGAAGGAAUUGGGGUCAUUACUUACCUUGUGUAUUCAGGCUCCACGAACAUCCAAGGGAGUGCUAAGAUCUGGACGGUCCUUCGGCAAAGAUUCUCAGUCCAGUCAUUGGCAAGCCAUUGUUGAAUGUCUUGGCACUCUUCUCAGCACAUUGAAAGAAAAUUUUGUGCCUCCCAUAAUUGUUCAGAAGAUAUUUACUCAAAUUUUCUCAUAUAUCAAUGUGCAGCUCUUUAACAGUCUUCUUCUGCGCCGGGAGUGUUGUACCUUCAGCAAUGGGGAAUAUGUGAAAUCUGGGUUAGCAGAGUUGGAGGUAUGGUGUGGUCAGGCAAAAGAAGAGUAUGCAGGCUCAGCUUGGGAUGAACUUAAGCAUAUUAGACAGGCUGUUGGGUUUUUGGUUAUACAUCAGAAGUACAUGAUAUCAUAUGAUGACAUCACCAACGAUCUAUGCCCAAUUCUAAGUGUCCAGCAGUUAUAUAGAAUAUGCACUCUUUAUUGGGAUGACAACUACAACACUCGAAGUGUAUCCCAAGACGUUAUUUCAAGCAUGAGGAUACUUAUGACAGAGGACUCGAACAAUGCUGUCAGCAAUUCCUUUCUUCUAGACGAUAAUUCCAGCAUACCUUUCUCUGUUGAUGACCUCUCUACUUCCCUUAAAGUAAACGAUUUUGCAGACGUAAAACCUGCUGCAGAACUCGUCCAAAAUCCCGCCUUUCUCUUUUUACUCGUAUAGAACGGACCACACCGUAUUCUCAUGUUUUGCCAAGGUAUAGCAUA